AUGAAACUUUUAAUAUUAGCGUGGCUACUACUGUAUCAACAAAUACUAACUAAUCCUAUAGAUCAUCGUUCUUACGCAAAUUAUCAUGUGUUGGAAAUUGAUGGUGAUGAACAACAAUUGAAAACAUUUAGAUCUGAAAUAGAACAAUAUCCUGCAUACGAUAUUGAAAUAUGGCAAUAUGGUGGCGAUAAUAUUAAAAAUCUUCAUGUGUUAGUAUCACCAAAUUUUUAUACUAAAUUUUCAAAAAUUGCUGAUGAUCUUGAGUUGAAACCAGUUUUAAAAGUCGAUAAUGUGAAUGAGUUGAUCAAAUCACAGUUGAAAGAAAAUUUUAAUUUAUUGCUGAAUAGUAUUAGUAGUAGUAAACGAGAAGAAAUUGAAGAGCAAUCGCUAAAUUCAAAUCCACAUGUUAUACAAUAUGUACAAUCAAUUUUAGAUGAUGAAGCAAGUUUGUUAAAUGAUGCAGCUGGUUAUUUUCAGCAAGAAGAUUUAAAAGAUUUAGUUAAACGAAGUAAUCGUGUUUUGGGUGUCUAUCCAAGACUUCAACAUUUUUGGUUAAUGUUUAUGAAAGAUUUCAUGAUAUCAUUUAAGAAACAUAAACGAAUACGAUUGAUUACAGGAUCUUCAUUUGAACAACGUGAAAUACCAUUGUUAAUUAUCUCAACAAAUUUACGCGAAAAUUAUUCAAAAGUGAGAACGAAGAAACGAAUACAUGGGAAUCAUCGAAAAAAGUCGUUGGAAAAAAUUAUUAGUAAAAAUCGUUCUGAAAACUAUCGAAUUCUAUCUACUGUUGAACAAUAUUUUAAAUCGAUCAAUAAACCGGGAAUAUUUAUUGAAGCUGGAAUACAUGCCCGUGAAUGGAUUAGUCCAGCUGUUGCCUUGUGGAUGAUUGAUAAAUUGACAAAAACGUCACCAUUAAAGGAUAUAAAUUCACAAAACUUAAUUGAAAAUGUGAACUGGUUUAUAGCACCCUUGGUGAACCCAGAUGGCUAUGAGUAUACACAUGAAAAUGAUCGUUUAUGGCGUAAAACACGUAGCGUUGAAUAUGAUAAUUUACAGAAAACACAUUGCCGGGGUGUAGAUGGUAAUAGAAAUUUUGACAUAAAGUGGGGUGAAGAAGGAGCUUCAGCUGACCCAUGCAUGAACAAUUAUCAAGGUUCUAAGCCAUUUUCUGAACCCGAAAUGCAAUCGAUUGCUGAUUUUAUCACAAAAAAUUCAAAACAAAUCCGAGCUUAUGUCGCAUUGCAUUCUUAUUCACAAAAAAUUCUCGUACCAUGGUCUUUCGGUUUACCAAAACCAGAUGAUUACGAUACACUGCGCACAAUAGCUAAAAAAGCAGCAAAAGAGAUACAGAAAUUAAGUGGUAAAGAUUAUGAGGUCGGAGCGUCACCGGAGAUAUUGUACGCCGCUUCUGGAAAUUCAGCAGACUGGGUAAAAGCGAAACGCAACAUCAAAUAUUCGUAUGUUAUCGAAUUGAGAGAUAAAGGUAAAUAUGGAUUUCUUCUACCACCAAAAGAAAUUGUACCAACGGCACAAGAAGCAUUUAUAGCCAUUGGGACAAUUGUAAAAGAAGCGAUGAUUAAAACUAAAGAAAAAAAAGGAGAUCACGAUAACAUGAUUAAAAGUUGGUAUAAGCAAUUUAAAAAUAUCUUGUUCAAUGAUGAAUUUGAAUAUAAAGAUAAAACAAACCAAAAAUUUGACGCUAAUUGA